AUGACCCUGCCAGCAUUUGAUUUUUCCAAGCUUUCGUCUCCAAAUGAUGCCUGGGGGCCUUCCAGUGUGAUUCCUGAUAGCUUACAGUUCAGUGGUGUUCCGUACGCUCCUUUCUCCAAGGCCGACAGACUGGGAAAGGCUGCUGACUGGCAACAGUCGAAGGAGGACGAGCUGAAACAGCAGCAGUUGAAAAACCAAAACCAAAAGCGCAAGGAUCACUAUCAUGCCUAUGGUGCUUCCGCUGCCAAGCUUUUUGGUGCUGAAGAAGAGGAGGAAGAGUUCAGCGUGGUGGACAACAGCAAUGCCAUUCCUGCCAACCAACAGACCGUUCUGCGGGGCAGAAACAGGGUCGCGAAUCAGAAGCCAGGAGGAAAACCAGGCAAUGUUGCCAGAAACCAACCUUCUCGUCCUCAACAAGGUCAUCCGAAUGCCAACGUGAAUCCUAAUUAUAGAAAUUUCAACAACAGAUUCAAGAAGGACGACAAGGUCAGAGAACCAUCUCUCAAAGUGAAUCCGAAAUGGCACUCAGUGUCCGAAAUUGAAUUCAACAAGCUCGCCAAGUUGAAUCUGGAAGUCGGCGAAGGUACAGAUCUGGAGUCUUACGGAAGCGUCCACGGCUAUGUGAAGAAAUUUGAAUCUUUCAAGCAACAGGCAUUGAGUGUUGUCGACAAAGUGAUUCUGAAUCCAACCACAUCAGAAGACCCUGUGAUCCAAAAAUUGGCCAGCGAUAAAAAAGCUUCUGUUUUCGUGACCGACUCGAUUCUUUCUCAGCUGAUGUGUGCUGCCAGAUCGAGUUACUCCUGGGACAUCAAGGUGACCAAGAGAGACGGAAUCAUUUAUUUCGACAAGAGAGAAAACACUGAUAGAUUAGAGGUGGACGAAAACAGCUACAAUGCCCCUAUCGAUCUUCCUGACUCGGAUGUGAACAGCGCCUCAAACUUGUCUUUGGAAGCGACUUUCAUCAACAACAACUUUUUGGCCAAUUCUUUGGACUCUUCCGUGCAAGAGUUUGAACACCCUGAGAACCCAUUUGCAUCCAAGGCUACUAGCGAGUCGCUGCUGAACAAGGGUUACAAGUACAGGAGGUUCUUGCUUCCUUCUGUCAGCGACAACUCGCGAGAACUUGACAUCAUUGUGAGAACCGAGAUCGACGCCUACUCCAGGGAGCAGAACAAGUAUCUCUCUAUCAAUGCAUUGAACCAGUACGCUCCGUCGCCAUCCAACGACUGGAAGAAUAGACUCAGUGGAUCCAGAGGAGUUAUCUUUGCUGAGGAAAUCAAAAAGAACAACAACAAAAUCGCCAGAUGGACCACAAAGUCUCUACUGGCUGGAAUAGACAGCAUGAAAAUUGGUUUUGUGUCCAGAGCAAAUCCAAAAGACAAUACCAAGCACAUCGUGGCCGGCGCUUUGACUUUCCACCCAUCUGGUCUCAGUGCCCAAAUAAACCUGUCUCUUGGAAACGGCUGGGCUAUUGUUAGGUCCAUCUUGGACAUUGUUGAAGCCGACGGAGGGAAGAGUGACUACACCUUCAUCAUCCUGAAGGAUCCAAACUCUCCUAAAAUUACGAUUUACAAGGUUACAGAGUAAGUAAUAAACGUAAUCAUGUUUCGUCGCGCUGUAUAAAUACGUUGUCCUCGUCCAGAUAUGUUCGCUCGGUGCGGGCUCGGCGUGUCGGAGUCGAGAUGUCUCCCUUUUCGGGCGAUCUUUGUUUGACCUGGCGAUACUGGCUACGGCGCUGUUCGAGGUACAUUCUUCUGACCCGUUCCGUAGCGGGAAUCGAAUUUGUCCGUGCAACAGCAGGCGUGCGCAGCCAGCGCCCGGGCGUCCCAAAAACAACGCCUGGCGUCUCCGGAACAGCUCCGUUAAAACGUCUGCGUUGGGCCAGCGGAGAUAAUGACGAUACUUCGUUUGUGUCCACAAAGACGUCCUCUCUAUUCUUUUUCUUUUCUUCGUAGCUGAAUCUCCACAUAUCGAAAAAUACUCUUUUUUUAUUCCGAGACCAUCUCUCUUUGAAGCGGUCGGCAUUUCUCAGGUCAUUCUGUAUUUUGAUCGCUUUGAGUGACAUUUGAGAUACAAUAUGAGAAAGGAGGUCGACAUUGCUCACCUCCAGAUGGUGAUCGCAUAUUUCGUCAAGUUCCAAAACUCUAUCAUAAGCACGGAGCCAUUUGUUGAACAUUUUGGUUUCCAGAGACAACGUCCUAAAACUUUCCG